CCAAGUCUGACACAGUUGGGUUCCAAGGUUGACACACCACUGCAGAGCCAUGCAGCCAUGUCGCAACAACCUUCUGAACAAAGCUGUCCGGACAGCCCCACCGCUACAAUAGAGAGGUCAACAGCAGCAGACUGACUGAGCUGGAACCAGCAUGCUGCCGGCUGCCCCCCAAGCCCCCCUGGUCCCCUGCAGCUGUCGGUCCCGCAUCGGCAGCAACCCUGCACACUGCGGCGGGGGAUAGCAAAAGGGGCCAUCUCCCCAUCGACCUUGUCAUCCUUCCGCCUUCCUCCACCGACACGCACGCAUAGCCCAGAUACAGAUAGCCUGACAGCAACCCGGCGCAAAAUGUCCACCACAACAACCGUCACGACCUCGGGCAUCGAUGCCGAGACCAUCCUGCGCCUGUUCCCCGACAUCGACACGACCAACACUUCGGAGCUAGACGGCCACGAUGCUGAGCAGAUUCGCCUCAUGGACGAGGUCUGCAUCGUCCUGGACGAGAACGACCAGGCUAUCGGAACUGCCAGCAAGAAAGUUUGCCACCUGAUGACCAACAUCGACAAGGGACUGCUUCACCGCGCCUUCUCCGUCUUCCUCUUCAACGACAAGAACGAGCUCCUUUUGCAGCAGCGCGCAACAGAAAAGAUCACCUUCCCGGACAUGUGGACCAACACCUGCUGCUCUCACCCGCUGAAUAUCCCCGGCGAGACCGGCUCCAACUUCGCAGAGUGUGUCGAGGGUGUCAAGAGGGCGGCCCAGAGGAAGCUUGACCACGAGCUGGGAAUCAAGAAGGAGCAGGUCCCUAUCGAGGACUUCCACUUCCUCACGCGCAUCCACUACAAGGCUCCCAGCGACGGCAAGUGGGGAGAGCAUGAGAUUGACUACAUCCUCUUCAUCAAGGCCAACGUCGACCUGGAUGUGAACCCCAACGAGGCCCAGGCGACGCAAUACGUCACACCGGAGGCACUCAAGAAGCAGUUUGAGGACCCGACGCUUAAGUUCACACCUUGGUUCAAGCUCAUCUGCAACUCUAUGCUGUUUGAGUGGUGGUCGCACCUUGAUUCGGGCCUCGAGACCUACAAGAACGAGCAGCAAAUCCGGCGCAUGUGAGGCGACGUCUGGCGGGAUUUUUUUUCAAUUUGACGAUAAUUCCUUUUCGAUGGAGGAAAAUAUAUGAAAACAAAAGUUUAGACGUGGCACUGCCUGUGUUCAGCCGCACAGCCUUGUUGCUGUGGCCCCGGUCCUCACCUCACGAGAUACCCAUAUCCAACUGUUGGCAAGCUGGAACUAUUACGAUACUCCACAAUAGCACUAAUACAAUGCAUUGGCGAUCCCUUUCCAUCGCAUACGCCCUGUACAUCGACUUUACUGUUGGGAAUGGGUACACCACCACGUAUCACUGCCGAUCCUCAGCGAUCCAAUUGCUUCCCGGGGUGGGGGCGGCCUUGCAGGGCGAGACGACGCAAGCUGUACACAUGCAUGGCCUUGGCUGCUCGAGGGCAAUGGAUGGGGCAGUAUGGCGGGGAAGCUUGGGUGGAAGGGAGAGGCGGACACGGGUGUCAGCAUUGCUUCGAGGCCGAAGCCGAAUGGCAGGCAUCAUCGUGCAGCAGCGAGCAUAGGCACGAGGCUGUCACCGGGGUCUAUUGACUGUAUCUGGUUGGCGAGAUAACACUGGCAUCCUGAAAUACAAGGUAUCACGUUG